UGCUGCAGCGCGUCUUCGCCGAGGAGAAGUCCUCGGAGGUGCGCAACCUGAUGGACGAGUACCUGAAACGCUACAGGAUGCACCUGCGCGACGAGCGCCGGCUGCUGGCUGACUCGGAGCGGCUGGAGACGCUGCUGAGCUUGCAGCUCACCCGAUUGCGCAACUCCAUCCUGGUGGACGGACAGAUGAGCUCGCGCGCGGUCAAACACUGGGUCAACGGGGCCGUCUUCCACACGGAGACUCUCCUGCACAUCGGCAGACUCAGGCGGGGGACUGUGGCGGGGGUCGAGGGCUCGGAGAGCGCCAAGAGAGCGGCGAGCAGCGCCGCAGACACCUACUACAAAGACAUGAUGAAAAUACUGGAGAGAUACAAGGAGUACAAGUGGUCAACAUUUUAUUUACGAUAUCGUACAGGUAUCUGUUCAUAUGAGUACACAUGGGACUUCUGCACAGAUUGUGUGUUCACUAGUAAAACCAUUUUUAUUCAAUUAUUGAGUGAAACAGUAUGUAAAAUAUCGGAAGAUGAUCACCUGCAGUAUGUUUUAUCAAAUCACAAGAUUUUUAGAGAAAUGAAGGCCUACUUUUCUAAUGUUCAAAAUAAUGCUGAUGUUCUGAUUAACGAAAAGGGAAGAUUCCAAAUAUGAGCACCAUAGCUUCGCACAAGGUGUGUGGUCAGGUACAAUCACUGAUCGCACUAUUUUGACACCACCGAAAAUGAUUGCUGAGAAAAAUCUGGUCCAAAGUAAAAGGCGCAAUAUUUCACUGAGAGUGUAUUAUCAAAAAAUCCAGUUUAUGAUCUCUUUAGUUAGGCUGGGUGAACCCUGCCUGACCUGCCGGCGAAUUUGGAUUUCGCCCAGCAGCUCAGGCUGGAAACCUGCAAAUCUAUCUUCCCUGCCUCCCUUAUACAACCGACUAUCCAAGCGUACGGAGUCAUUUGAAUGUUGCCCAUUGAUCACGCCUCUUGUGCAGUAGAAAUAAAGCGCAGACUUCCCAUACUAAUGUUCAAUCUUAAAUAGCCAGACAACUGUUUAGUGGUAAGACCACAGCAACUUUGCGAUCCUAGGAGACUCUAUAGCAACCCCCUUACUCAUUGCUAGGCAUGACUGUGAGGCGGGCAGUGUUACCUGCCCAGGCGAGUGCAGAGGGGGCAUACGCUGUAUAUACACACCUGUUUCAGUACGCUUUGGUGGAAUCCUGAUAGAUCAUCAAAAUAGGUCUCAAGGAUAGCAAUAUGGCAAUAUGGUAGCAUAAAGGUAACAUUUAGCAGGCCAAUGACACAGCCACAAAAUAAUGCUAUCAAUGAUUUAAAUAUUAUUUACAUUAGAUAUAUUAUUACACAAUAUUCAUGUCAGACUGCUACUGUACAUGACUGGCUCUAAUUUGAGACCACAUCACACAAUAUGAUCAGGCUUCUGUGCUGUGCACAGUGCACACACCAUAAUGAGAGUGGACAUUGACACCAGUACAGGCUCAUUUAUUGACAUAUCUCAAGGGCAAUGAAACUUCAGUUGGGUCAUUUUGCCUUUUUUUCCACGUCUACAGGAACAAACUAGAGGUCAUCUGAAAAGAAGAGUUUGUUAUCAAUGUUUUUCUAAAUCACAAUCAAUACAUUAGUCCUAAUGUGUGUGUGUGUGUGUGUGUGUGUGUGUGUGUGUGUGUGUGUGUGUGUGUGUAAUCACACCAAUGCUGUUUCAGUCUACCCUAAGUCUAAGUCUAACUCAUAAUGAGUUGGGGCUGACCGGUCACGACAGCGUAUCUGAUGAGCAUGGACCACCUCAGACCACCUCCUCCAAACACACUGUGAACAACGCCUCGCCGGACCCCACAGUGACACCCCAGCAUGGGGGCUGUUUACUCAAGGCCCUGGACUGUGCGAGUGGCCUGCUCCAGUUUGUUUCAAGAGUCAUUUGUUUCAAUAAAGCGUAGAGGCUGCACAUGGUCCAAAUGCCACGCUGCCUUUGGCGAGCAGCGACAUGAUUUGGCACCGGACUCUCCAACCACAGUGAAUAAUGAGGGCUCUGUUUUUCACAAAGUCCGUGUGUUGAAUCGCAGCAGCUCCCCUGGUCCACUCGGACCAAAACUGAAAUGCAGGGGAGGGGAGGAGGGGUGUUUGUGUUAUUCUCCCACUACUCUCCUCUUUCCUCAUCUCUCCUCUCCUCUAUUAUCUUCUCUCUUCUCUUCUUUCCUCUCCUUUCCUCUUCUCUCCUCUCCUCUCUUCUCUUCUCUCCUCUCCUCUCCUCUGAUGAAAUCGCCGCUGAACCCACAUCUUCAGAAACUGAGCGAAGCAAGAGAUUUAUGAAGAGGGGAACUUUUUUUUACAGUGCUGCAGUUGGAACUGAACUCUCUUCUCGGCAACCCCUUAUCCUUCUGCUCCUCUAUAAACACAAUCAUAAUGAACUUAAUAGAGCCCCUCUUGCCAAGACCUUCCAUCACAGACGUGCACACACACGCACAAAUGCUUUGUAAAGAAACCCAAUGGCAACGAAAGUGCAGUGCGCUCAUGGUCGCCACAUGAGCUUGCAAACUCUGUGCAAGAAUUAGGAGAUCAGUUCACUCUGAAGCCUCCGUCUAUUCUAAUGGAUAAUGCUAUGUCUUCAUUUGCUUCAGGAAUUUACAUAAGGAUUUUAGAAUACACUACUAUAACACAGUAGCCACCGAAUACCAUCUUCAAUAAGCAACAAUUGUCAGUACUCAAAAGAUAACAUUACACCUUUUAGUGAAGGGUCAGAUUACAUGGGGGUUUUAAUAUUUUUCAUUUAAUGUAGGUUUAUUUUAAUGUAAUGUACUAGCUGAAAGAUACCCAGUAUCUCAGGCGACCCCACAUGGGGGCUCGACCCCAAGGUAGGGAAACAUUGCACUAAGGUGACCAGAGGCGACUGUGGGUGCACAGACAUGUGUUGAGUUGCUGUGAUUGGACUGGUAACUGGUUGGUCUGUAGGAACCUGGUGUUACAUAUACUAGUCACAACAUGUAAAUAGGACAAUGUUGGAGUUCUUUUGUCACUUUUAGGAGUGAGCAUUGUCCACCUCAAUGCUAAGCUAACCAUGCUAAGCUAGGCUAAUGGUGGGUGCGUCAGAGUUACUGCAGGCACCAAUGAGAAGGGUAUGCAUCAUCUUCUCUUAUUCUCAUUUCCCAAUAUGUUGGUGUGUGCCUUUAAAAGCAAUGGAGACGAGACACCCACCCAGGUCAUUAUGAGCUGAGUGUAUGGCUUAAAUAGAAAUGAUCAUAUUUUUUAUGCCUAUCUGUUAGUCUCUUGAAAACCAUUGUGGAAUGGAAAAUGGAAAUGUAGAUAUUUCUUAGAAAACUGUCAUUUUCUUCAACAAAGUUAUUGUACAAAAUACAGAGGAUCCGAGGCACUCAAAUAGGAUGCAUAUACAUUUUUUUAUUUUCUUAUUUGGCGAUUUAAACAUGUUUCAGCCAAGCUGGCCUUCAUCAGAGUUAUUGUACAUUCAACAGUUAUUGUAAUUAGUACAUUCAACUUUCAAUAAGGUCAAUGACAGUGGCAGUCGCGUAGUGAGGUUGCUUGUGAGGACGUUAUUCGGAAGGUUCCUCCUUGGUUAACCAGAACCUCAAGGUUAUUCUGUACAUUAGAAAAGUAGCUCUCUAUUUCUCUUAAUUGCUUGUGAUUUGAGAAAGUAUCAUCCAGGAAUGCAUCUGAUUUAAUUAAAAAACAAUAGUUUUCAUGUAUUUUAUGGCUGACAUGUAUCUCGCUUUCAUGGAAAUAACAGCUACCCACACAAAAACCAAGGCCGGUUGAACAGCUGUAACUCAAAUCUAAAUGAAACGUUGUCUUCUUGUACGCCUUGUAAGCUUCCAGUAUAUUUGUCAUGUCUCUGUUGUAUACAGCUACAGCACCUCUCACUGCUCUCUUAGCGUCCUCAAAAUUCCCAAUUCCAGUUCUCCUCCUGAGUCGGCCGACGUGCAGGAGCACCUGUGUGUGGAAGACGGCCCCGUUGACCCAGUGUUUGACCGCGCGCGAGCUCAUCUGUUUGUCCACCAGGAUGGAGUUGCGCAAAACGGAGAGCUGC